UUUUGUGUUGUGCGUAGUUGUGGUUUAGUUUCUAAUGGCUUAAUUAAUUUUGUUAAUCGUUUUAAUUUCUAAUUCCGACACAAGUUUUGGUUUGAGCUUGUCCAAAAAUGGCACUGCUUCCUCCGGAUCCUGUUUACACUAUCCGAAAUGUCGAUAAUGUGCCAGUUUAUUCACUGGCUUUCAGUUUUUUACCCGGGGGCUUAGAGAGGUUACUAGCCGGUUCGAAAAACGGUUAUGUUUACGCAUACAACCUCCAGACAAAUAGAGUUCAGCAGAAGAUACAAGUUGGUCAAGCUCCUAUUCUUCAUCUUAUACACACUGACAGCCACCUUAUAACACAAGAGAAAGGUGGAAAGCUUAAGGUCUUCGAAUUAACGAAUAGUGGUUAUGAAGAAGAUGCCGUAAUUGAAGUAGAUUAUCCUGGUUUUUGUAGAUUCGAAGCCAACACAAAACUCGCAUCACUCUAUGUACCUGAGAAGGAUUACAAAAUAAACAUUUACAAUUUUAAUGGAGAAAAACUGGGUUCCUUAGAAUAUGAUGAUGCAUCAGUGAAACUUGGAGAUGUCAUGUGUCUAAAAUUCAUUGAGUUCCCAUGCGAUAGACCUUGUCUACUAGCUGGCUACGAAGCAGGUUGGCUAUUGUUAUGGGAUCUCAACACCAAUAAAUGUAUCAGCAAACUUCAAGUUCUAGAGUGUCCAAUGUCAGUUGACUACCACCUUGAACAGCAAAGAGGAAUCAUAGGCAAUGCUUCAAAUGUGAUACAAAUAUUUAAUUUAGGCAGAAAAGACUUAAGUUUGACCCUUAAGUUGGAUGUGACUAUUAAGAAUCCGGGCAUCAACAAAGUGAAGACACGGAGUGAUGGUAAAGUAUUCACGAGCGGAGGCUGGGAUGGACACAUUCGUAUAUUUUCAUGGUUCUCAAUGAGACCCUUAGUAGUCCUUACAGAACAUAAACAGGCAAUUCAGGAUGUUGCUUAUUCUACUGAAAAAGUUUCACUUUGGAAAGCUUAUAUAAUGGCAGCUGGAGGUCUGGAUGGUGCUAUCACGUUGUGGGAUUUAUAUAAUAGCAAGCAAUGAAAUGAUCAAAUAAUGUUAUACUGUGAUUUGCAAGUUAUGAUCUGCCAUAGUCUAUGCCAGUUUUGCCUUUAUACAUCUACUAAUGCUUUAAUUGAUUAUAUUUUUAGACAGCAUUAUAAACUUAGAUCUCAUAUUAUGUACAAAUUUAUGUAGAGGCAUUAUAUUGUGUUGGUGUAAUGUGGCCGAGCUAUGUAGAUGUUAAGCUAAAAAGUUAACAAAAGAUAGAAAUUCAUAUUUUCCAGUUAUUUUUAAACAGAUUAAAUACUUUGAAUAUA